CUAACUAAUGUUGUGUGAGAAAAUAUUUGCUUAUAAUUAAAAGUUGGCUGCCUUGGAUGGUAGAUGUUGUUCAUGUAGUGCUAAAAAUACAUAAAUUUAAUUGGUGGAUGUCCGGGAAAUACUUGGUUUGAUAAUAUUGUUGCCAGCUCUACCACAUUUGAUAAAUACAUACCUUACUGGAUAUUUGAAAAUUGUUAUGAACUCACAAUAAAAGGGUUGAAAUAUUAAUUUAUCAAUUUUAUAAACCUAAAAAUAGAAUUGGAAUACCAUAAUGUAGACCCCGAUUUUAAUCUGUUAAGACUUGCUUUGAGACAUUGCUCCAUAUGGUUGUGGACACAGAGGAUGAAUAUAUUUAUUGUAUUACAAAAGAAUAAUUAUUUAAAUGUGAAGAAAUGGAAGAAUAGCAAGUGAAACACCGGAAAGAAAGAGAACACCCAGAUCAAAAAAGAAAGCAUACUUCUAAAAACAUUUGAACAAUAUUCGUCAGGAUCACUAUAUGAGACUAUCCAAGAUGGGUUCAAGCAGCGGAGGAAAGAAGAAGUACGUCAACUUUCGAAGCCGACAACGCGCAAGCCUUAGUUUUUUUAUAGUCGUUAUGUUCUUCGGUGUGUUCGGUAUCAUAGUCUUUACAGAAAUCUUUUUUAUCGACGACAGGAGCCGAGCUUCGGGAGUGGUGGUCAGACCUGGAUCGCUCAGCUACUCGCACAAGCAAGAAAAGUCAACUGACUAUGAGGAGAGUGAGGACUACAUAUCAAUACGAGUGGGAGCAGCUAUGAUGAACGACGACACUUUGGGAGCUCUCCUCAUCGGGGGGCGGGCUCCCGCCGCUCUCCCAGUCAUCGAAAACUCGGCGCCUUCCUCGUCGAAGGUAUUCAAUGAAGUUCAGCUUCCACCGUUUCCAGAAAAUGCUACGCUUAACGAAGGAUCCUGGCAAAAUGUUAAUAAUACCAAAUACAAAUUCUUCGUCUUCUCGGCCUACUACGACGAAAGAAAAGGUCAGAGGGUAGUGCGAAUCAUUGCUGCUACGAAGACCCGGGGCGCGGAAAGAGUAUUUUGCCGAUUGUGGUACAAGGCUGGAGAGUUCAACGCGUCGGCACAUGUCUCUAUUACCGUUCCGGCUAAAGUAAAGGUCGUCCGAGAAAAUUGGAACCUCAAAUAUAGCGCGGUCUUUGUGAUGUGUCCUUUGACGAACAAGACCAUCCCGGUGGCGGUGAGCGUCGUGGCCAGGAUCAGAGACCCGCCGGCGAACCUGCUGGCGGUCAUUAACAACCAUAACGAAACAUCGGGGGCGGUGGGGGUGGGCAGCUCCGGAGGCGGCGCUGGCCUCUCGAGCCCCUACAAGUUCGGUGUUUGUGUCAAGCCGCUGCACUUCGAAUACAAUAGGGCUCUUCAAUUAAUAGAAUUCAUAGAACUGAAUAGGCUGCUAGGAGUGGAUCACUUCACGUUCUACAACCACACCGUAGGCAACCAGGUGGACUGCGUCUUGCGGGAUUACAUAGAUAGAGGUCUAGUGACAGUGCUUCCUUGGAAUUUGGAUAUGAUCUCACAGAAGGAUAUCAGGACUGAAGGGCUCUUUGCGGCACUUAACGACUGCUUGUAUAGGUUCAUGUACAAAUAUACUCACCUUUUGCUCAUAGACUUGGAUGAGUACAUUCUACCCAAGAACAACGAUACUUUAGGACAAAUGAUUGAUACUUUGAAUAAACGGGUUAACGGUCGCACCACAGCCUCCUUCUCAUUCCAAAACGCCUUCUUCUACCUCCAAUGGGACGACGACGACUCAGUAUACGAGUUCGACGAUCCGGUCACCGCCAACUUGAUCACGAUGAAGAAGACGCGCCGAAAGACGAAACUCCAUCCACAGAAGCAGCGAUCCAAAUACAUCUGCCGCCCGGAACUGACCGUAGAAGCAGGCAAUCACUUCAUAUGGGAAUUUAUCCCUGGCCACGGCACCAUGAACGUGCCCCCCGAUACGGCCAUCCUUCACCACUAUCGCAUCUGUGAGUUUGGAGGUGACGACUGCAUCAAGACGUCGUCCACCGUGGACCGGACGGCGUAUAAGUUUAAGGAGGGGCUCACGAGUGGUGUGAAAUCUGUGUACGAUAGACUGAGUAGAAAGUGUGGGCUGGUGGAACUCAAUUUACCCACGGGAAAGGUUCUCAAUAAGCUAAUGCAGUUCUUGAAACCUAGUCUGGAGAGAUAAUAGGCUCGAACGGCUACAGUAGUCGUCAAAAGAAACGGUAUCGAAAAUUAAAGAUACAGUCUUAAGUCCGUGGCACACGGUCAAAUAUUUGAUCAAAUUAGUUUGAUCAUUCCAAAAAUUGACAGCAUAAUGACGUCAUAUCGUGAAUUUGAUCAAAUCCUAUAAAAAUAGAGGUUUUCUGAUGAAAAAUUUUGAUUGGUCGAAAAAUCAACAAUCUAAGUUGCAAGUAGCAUUGGUUGAUAGGACUUUUCAACGCUUCUCAUUUGUUUCGAGCUUCUGUCAUAUGUCGUAUAUUCAUAUUAGACACGGAUUAUAUGACAUAUGACAGCAGUUCGAAACAAAUGAGAACCGGUGAAAGGCCCCAUUGAGGACAUUAUAUUGACCAUAGACAUAUCUAUUAUUUAUCAUAGACAGAGAGUCAUGUUGAGGGAAGUGACGACACCAUCUUUUUUUCUUGGCUCAGUGCUGUUUCACUCUUACACAUAGUAAAGCUGCGACAGUAGUCCUCCCUUCCCGUGCCUAUACCAUCUCUUAGUUUCAUGUUAUUUUCUCGAUACAAUGUGCUAGAACAAGGGAUUUUGUCAUCAGGAAGAGCGAAGGGUAGGCUCAGUCUAUGAUAAUAAUAAUAUGCCUAUGAGAUUGACGUGAUCUUUUUUCUUUUUUUCUGCGAUUUGUGUUUGUCUUACUAUUUUGUUAAAAAAUAAAAAUAAACGUUUGAAAUAUCUUGGAACUACUAACAAGUUUCGACAUUAAUUAAUUUAUAUCGAGAAGUUGUUUAUAUUACAAUGUAAAGCAUUCACAGUAUUAUAAAAAAUCCUUUCAACCUUUGUAUUUUCAUUGUAGAUAAGAAAAAUUUGAAUCGUAAAUAACGCUCAAACAACUAAUAAAAAAAUUUUCAAAAGAGACAAUUUGACAAACCGUCAAUAAAACUUUGAUUAACUUUGAUUGAUCGUAUAAAAGAUAGAUUUUUAAAAUUUGACCAAACUGUAAUUAUGACUUUAUUACGUCAGUUUGAUCAAAUAUUUGACCGCGUGCCACGAACUUUAAAGUAGGUAACUAAUAAAAGUUUCGAUGCCGCUUAUUUUGACCAAUACCGUAUUAUCAGUAUUAAUACACCAGCCAGUUUGUUAGAGAAGGAAUUUUUUCGGACAUUUACACGACUGUUAUAAUGUAGUUGUAGGUAGUUUUAUUUAAUUGGUACAAACAUCAUUUUCUUAUUCUCAUACCUAGUGAAAAGAAAACCACGAUUGUAAAACGAAGAAAUUAAACUAAAGGGAAUUAAUAAGAAGCUCCCAUUUACUGAAAUAGGGGGUUAAGAUAUGACACUGUCAUAUCUUGAUCCUCUAUUUUAGUAUAUGACACUAUAAAACUGUCUAUUCUAGCUGGAAACAAAUCAUAUUAUGAUUUAAAAGUAUAAUUAAUGGAUUAUUUCUUGCAAAAAUUUUCUUUACUUCCACUUCAAUCGUGUCGUCCUAACUCUACUUCAUGCACCUCGAUAUAUUUCUCCAUUACUCUGUAAUACCGAUUCUAGGUACUAGAGACUAUUACUUUGCACAAUCAGCUACGGAGACAGCUAGAUCUUUAAAUGAACAUUUCAGGUACUCUGUUUUUGUCCUUAUUCUUCUUAAGAUACCUAAUCUUAACCAUCUACAGCCAUUUUUUCCUAGUCCUACCUUAUCUUCUAUCUUUCCUUCUAGUACUAGUUGCUGAAAAGUGUAGGUAUCGUUUUUCUCAUAUAUGUGCCCUAAAUAUGUAGUCUUCUCGCUUUUUAUAUAAUCAUAUAUUCAAAAAAUUCGAUAUCCUGGGGUCCAGCUUUUUUAACACUUUCUCAUUUUUGACUCUGUCCCUCCAUGAUGUUCUACGCAUUUGGCACAGGCACAACAUUUCAAAAGCUUUAAGUUUGGUAAUGGAUCUGAUAUUUAACAAAAUAAAUAAAAAUAAAUUUCGACCACGAGUCAGGAUUCUGUUAACCGAGAUACGAUAGUACCAAGCGGCGCCGCUAGGAGGAGCACUCCAACAAUGCGUCUCAGAAUACUUUAACGAAACGUGGUCAUUUUGUAGUCUAAACCGAGUAAGGUAUGAAAAAGAAAAGAAAAUAAUCGUUUUCGUUUUGAUUCAAUUCGAGUCUCUUGCCAUCCUCUGACACAGUGUUUCGGGGUCUCUACCCCUUAUCAAAGAGGCUAUGCAAGUAGAGGCUAUGCAGUCUAUUUGCAUAGCCUCUUUGAUAAGGGGUAGAGACCCCAAAACACGGUGUCAGAGGAUGGCAAGAGACUCGAAUUAAAUCAAAACGAAAACGAUUAUUUUCUUUUCUGAUAUUUAACGUUCACACUUCCAUUCCGUACAAAAGAACGGACCAAACGUAACACUUUAGCAUCUUGUAUCUCAGGUUGAAAUCCAACUUGCGAGCAGUAAGAAAUUUACGAAGUUUUAAAAAAGCUUCCAGACUUGUUCUACUCUGCUCUUUAUUUUAGUCUCAGGGUCCCAACCAUCGUUGCAUUUGGGUAACUAUUUCUGCCUAUGAUCAUUGUUUUUGUUUUCUUGAUAUUUAUUUUCAAAGCCAAAGCUUCACCUGAAAGAGUAAGACCAUUUAAAAAACAUUGAAGAUCUUCGAUGUUAUAUGCCACAGUCUCUGUGUCAUCGGCAUAACUAAUGUUAAUAAAUAUGUCGUUUACUUUAACACCCUUAUUAGAGCUCGCCACUGCUUCUGCGAAGUUUUUCUACGUAUAAGUUAAACAACAUUACAGAAAGUAUACAACCUUGCCUUACUCUAUUUUUUAUUGAGAAAUCUUCCAUUUAGUUGAAAUUUUGAAGACGUACUGUUGGUAUCUGGUUCAAAUACAGGUUGGUGAUAACAUCUUUCAUAUGCGCUUCCAGCAACUCCAUAGUCUUUUACCUGUGAGACUUCCAAAACCCUAUCCUGAUUUUUCUAUGAAAACAGUAUAAUGAACAGUAUAACAUGGAAACGAAAGGACAGUUCUUUACACUCUACCAAUUAAAAUAAAACUUCCUUAGUUUAUGAAUUUUAACUUCCUCUUUUGUAUAUAGGCGAAAAAGUUCCAUCUUAGGUUGUAUAUAUUUUUGUACAGGAAUUAUUUUGUGAUCUAAGGUUUUAAUAAUACGAUGUAUUAUUUAUUUUUUCAAUUUAACACUCAAAGUGAGAUCAAAAUCCAUACAUACCAAAGAUGUUAUGUCGGGUAAUAAGAAUAAAUACUGAAAAAUAAAAAGAAAACGUAAAGUAAAAAUAAUUAAAGGCAUUUCUUUUUGAGUUAUACGUAGUUUAGACACUGCUAAAAUUUUAAGGAAGAACUAAAUACUAUAAUUUCGGAACUAGGAUUAUGUUUAACAUUUUUGUUUGUUUUAUAUUUCUAUAAUAUUUCAUAAUUUUCAAAGAUGACAUCAAACUUUGUCUUGAAAAACUCCACUUUUUAUAUACAAAGAACUUCAAUACAUUGACAAACUGAAUUUUUUCACUACAACCUUAAUUUUCAAUAUUAAUUUUUUCUUUUAACUAAAAUAAGCAAUAAAGAAAAAUGUAAGUUAGCAGAUUAUUUACUGUCCCUUGUAUAAUCACUGAAGCAUUAUAAACACCGUCGUCUCUUCGAACUUCAUAUUUGUAAAACUUUCUCAUUUUGCACAGCUCGUUUCCACUUCAGAACUUCAUAAAAUCAGCUACACGUUACCAAUAAGUAUGUAGACAAACUUAAGAACAGCUUCUGAAGACAGUUAUUAAAUAAUAUUAAAAUUAAGUAAAAUGUGAUGCAAGAAAUUAUGUAGAGCAAUAACUAUGAAACAUCCUACUCCAGUAGUCUGGAAUGCUGAAUUUCGCUAGGAAUGUUAAUUGCGGGACCCCAAAAAAGAUGCAAAAAAGUUUGCCACUACUACUCCCGGGCUUUCCCCCUAAAAUCCUCGUAUGGGGGGAUGAGGGGGAAACAUUGAUAUACAAAGUAUCUGUACGCCAUAGAAAAAAUGUUUCAAACAAGAAAUGUGUGUAUGUAUUGUAACACUAGCGAAUGGGCACCAGGGCGCCAUUUUGUAGCAGUCCCAGAAAUGGACGCUAUUUGUAUAACACCAAUAUUAUUAACACGGUAAAUGCCAAAUUAAACAAAAUGUAAAAAUAUACUUGGUGCUACUUAACUUUUUGAUAUACCUCGGUAGCUCUAAGUCUUCAGAGAACUAGGGGUGUGGAUUCUUAAUAGAUGUUAAAUAAAAUUGAAACUCAAAUGCUCGGGGGCGCCAUAAUUAAAAAAGAAAAUAUAAUAUUUGCUUACUUAUAAAAAAAUAUAAUACUAAGAAUGUCGGUUACUUGAAAUAUCUGUACUUACCGUAGACUACUUUCAUGAGCUUAGUAGGAGAGAUCUUUACUUUAUAAGAAGUAUAGAGAUUGGUAAAGAAUAUCUAAUAAUUAAACACAAUUCUUACUUUAUUGAAACAAAUAAAAAUUUAGUAAAGUUGUCAUCAAAAAAAGUCUUUAAUUAUUUUACCAAUUGGCGAGAAAACGUAAGAGUUCAACAAUUAAAAAUAGCGCAAGUACCUUGUUGUGUUCUUUAUCCGUGGGUGAUCUAUAGUCCAUCCAUGCGGCAGUUAAGGUGUUAAACAUUGUCCUGAUGUUACGGCACAUUUGUUGUCACCGCACAUAACGAUACUCAUUUUGACAGAUAAAGUACAGCUAUUAAUUAUAUUAAAGAUGAAAUUAAAUUGUUCGUUUAUUGUAUGCAACAUUUGGAUACUAUUAUUAUUAUUAUUAUUUUUAUUGAUUAAAUUUAAUUAAAAAAAACGAAGAACUUUUCGACAAAAGAAAACCAAUGGAUCUGUUUAAUCCAUCACUAGAAACACAAAAUACGGUCGAGAAUUUACACUCUACGACCACAGCAGCCACUUAGGCCUACUUCGGCUCUGGAACAAAAACUGAACUGUACUAAAUACAAACAACUAUCUCCAUUGAACUAUUAUUAACAAUUUUCUCCGUCAGCAAGGCAAAGAGCCUGCUGACGGAAAGGCACCAGCUUCUUACUCUAGACUACCAGAACUGAUCUCGAGUAUCUCCAGAACUCUCUCACAACCCAAAACUCAUUCCAUCUCCCCACUUUUCUAUCCUACUCAACCAUGUCCGGUUUUACCAAUAAAAAAUUCGCCAAUUUCCACUACUAAUUUCAAAACGAAUAGAAAAGAUUUAAGCAAAUUUCAACCACGCCUUCAAAGGUAGUAACUCUUUCUCUCGCAAAGAGGAUUAAACCAAAUGAAAUCCUGAUAACUAUAUCUCAGCUAAAUACCUUCUCACGUGUUCGGCUGAUUUAGCUUUUCGCACAGUUAGCCCACUAGAUACCAACAAAUAUAUUAUAUAAACAACUCAGAGCCACUUAAUCUCUAUAAGAUAAAUAUUUUCCAGUCCUGCUGUCGGUAAAAACAAUUUGCUGAAAGAUUUUCGACUGUGAUUCUUUUGGUGGUAUGAAACAUAUCGAGGUCCCUCAGAUACAAGAGAUAUGAAUAUCAUGAGAAUCGAGAACGAAUUACGCAAUACCAUAGAUUUGUGAGAACCGACAAUUCUUUGAAACACAAACUUGGUUUUAACGAAUUUAAAAUACAGAGUGGAGCAACGAUGUCAGUGAUUCGAAGAUACUAGUGACUUUCGCACCGUUACAGUAUAAGCGAUGGUCCUACAGCUUCUGCCGCUUCCCCGUUUCGAUUGCCAUAUUUUUCUAUCUCUCCAGGUGUCUUCAUCAAGGGCUCUGUAUUUCAUGCUUUCCAUAACAUCUUGUUACAGGCCAAAGAUCACUCGGGCGCCCCAGAAUGCGAUGGAGAGAUAAUAUCCAAGCAGAUCUCCCGAAAAAUGAACAUUCCAUUUGACCCUAGGUUGAUGGAAGACCGAACAAAUUGGAAAAACGUUCUACAGUCAGCCAGGACCCACCCAGGGUUGUAGCGCUACGUGAUGAUGAUGAUGAUAACAUCUUGUAUCUAAGACUUGGCUGGCCUUCCUAGUUUCCUUCUAUUACUUGGAUUAUAUAUUCCCUAGCUCUUUUUGGCCAUCUGUUGUCAUCCAUCCGCUGCACGUGUCUAUAUCAUAUUAACUGUCUAGUUUUUAUUCUUUCCUAAGUUUUAUGUACUCUAUCUGUCUUUCUUCUAAUUUCAGUAUUAGGUAUACGUUCUGCUCUUGAUAUACGACAAGCUCUUCUCAGGUAGUCCAUUUCAAUAGUGCCAACUUUUUCCUUUUUUUUUUGCUGUCAUUUGCCAACAUUCUGCUCCAUAUAUACAAUUACUUUGUAGAUUGUCAUUUUAGUUUCCAAAGUAUGUUGCUCUAUUGGACCAAAGUAUCGAAUUAUGUCAACUUCUUGUGUGAACUCUCUUCCUGCCUUGUUGCACUCUACGAUUGAUGUCGCAUUCCGUUGUUCCUUUACUGCAGAUCAUACUUCCCAAAUAUUUGUAUUCGUAACACCUUUUCAUUUAUCUAAUUUCCAAAUCUGGGUCUUCGUCUUCACUGCCUAUUCACAUAGAAUCUGUUUUUGACUUAUUCAUACUCAUUCCCCAUUUUUCGCAUUCAUCUUUGAGAUUUAUAAGCAUAUCAUCUGCAUCUUCUUCACAGCUGGCAACUAGUACUUGAUCAUCUUCAAAGAACAACGUUGUCAGAUAAUUGUUGUUAAGCUUCAACCCCACUUCCGCACAUUUUUGUCUCUACUGGUGCAAUGCUUCUUGGAUAUAUAUUUUGAAUAGGGUAGGGGAAAGACAACGUCCUUGUCUCAAACCUUUCGUUACUGUAAAUACCCUUGAGAAAGUAUUUCUUGUUUUCACCGUAUUAAGGUACGUUUUCGUCAAGAUACCAAAUAACAAUUUUAAAGAAACAUAAGCCUUCUCCAGAUCUAUAAAUACCAGAUGCGUAGGGAGGUUUCGAGUGACAAACUUUCUUGCAUCUUUUUGGGAAUGUGAUCUUUUGAGAAUUUGGUCACAAAAUUGACAUUCUCAGAAAAAUUCAGCUUGUUCGUAUGAUUUUUAGACGUCAGAACGACGACUGAACUACCUACCCCAAAAUAAUAAUUUUCUGUUACCUAAAUAAAAAUUAAAGAAAUUCAAUAGAAUAAUAAUAAUAUCGUAUGGCAUUUUUGCCGGGGAGAUUUACCAUUUACGUGCCGGGGUGCCAUUUACAUCUUUAACCCUGUUUUAAGUAACUUGUGUCGAUGUACACACUAGCCCAGGGGGACCGACGGCUUAACGUACUUUCCGAGGCACGGUGAACAGCUCGUAUCAUUUUUAGAAAUGAAAAUAGAUUGUCUGUGCCGGGUCUCGAACCCGAGCGCCCUGGCGUAUAAGGCCAGUUAUCAUGCCGCUGUACUACGGCUGUUCACAAAGAAAUUCAAUGCGAAAUGGUUAGAAACGCACAUAGGUCCUAUUUUAUACCACAAUUAAGUAAAAGUGGUAAAAAAUAGCCUUCUUGCGUCAUAUUUUUACUGCUAGUAUAUAUAAAAAAGAAUUUUAACUUACUUGUGUACUUAAUGAAGUUAAACAAGACGCCGUUUCCUUACUACUGUUCCUCCUUCCAGUGUUCUAUACCUAACAUUAAAAAUUUCUGCUAAUUUUUGUAUCUGCUACAUAUACAUAGUUCUCUUCUUGAUAAAAGAAACAACAAUAAGGUUUAACGGUCUAGCUAGAUGAUAACUCACAAGCUCUAAAAAGUUUUUUUAUUCUUCUCGUAUUGGGACUACUGAUUUGUUUUUAUUGAUGCAACCAUGGCAGCAGUUAUAUUUAUUUUGUUAAUAAAAUGUUGUAAUAAAUAAUUUUAAAAGACAA